AUGGCCGCGAAGAUGAAAGCACUCGAGGAGCAACAUCAAGAUUACCAACGACACAUAGCCGUUUUAAAGGAGUCCCUCUGCGCUAAGGAAGAACAUUACAGCAUGCUCCAAACAGAUGUGGAAGAACUCAAAGCCCGCCUCGAAGAAAAGAGCAGACUUGUGGAAAAGAAGACAGCAGCAGCGCUGGCUGCCGCUCACGAGCUCGCAGAACUUAGAGAUCACUCCGAAAUCAAGGACCGAAAGAUCAACGUGUUGCAAAGAAAGAUUGAGAAUUUAGAAGACCUUCUCAAAGAAAAAGACAAUCAAGUCGAUAUGGCUAGAGCUAGACUUAAUGCAAUGCAAGCACAUCAUUGCUCUUCUGAAGGGGCAUUAUCAUCACUAGAAGAAGUUAUUGGUGAUAAAGAAAAACAAAUUCAACAAUUAAGAGAACAAAGAGACAGGGCUGAACAUGAGAAGAAUGAAGAAAGAGAACUGCACGAAAGGGAAAUAGCAGAAUAUAAAAUGAAAUUGCACGCGUUAGAGAGUGAAGUUGAGAAACUGGGAGCUAGACUAGAAAGAGCACAAGCGGAGAAAGAUCGCCUUGAAGCAAAACUGGAGAGCUCACAAUCUGAGUUAGGGAAAUCCAAGGCUGAACUUGACAAAGCUGCAAGUGAAGUGGGACGAUCUGGUGCAGAUUGGGAAGCAGCUAAACAACGCCUAGCGAGACUAGAACUUGAAAAUGAAAGACUCAAGCAUGAACUAGAACGAUCUCAAACGACAUUUGGUAGAAGCACGUUGACUACUUCUCAGGAAUUGGAUAGAAUUCAAGAAAAGGCUGAUAAAUCUGCUGCAGAGUUAAGGAGAACUCAAGCAGAGUUGAGAGUGACACAAGCAGAUGCAGAAAGAGCUAGAUCAGAAGCAAGUGCAUUACAAGAUAAAUUGGAAAAAUCUCAAGGUGAAGUCUAUCGUCUCAAAGCUAAAUUAGAAAAUGCACAAACUGAACAAGACAGUCUAAAGGAGGAGUAUGACCGAGUACAAUCUUCUAUAAGCCGUUUGCAUUCGGAAAGAGAUAAGGCCAUAGCGGAAUUAGAAAAGGCAAGAGAAGAACUGGAAAGAACUCAAGCGACUCUCGGAAAGGCUCAAUUGCAGCAAGACAAAUUACAAGCUUCGCUAGAUGCCGCUCACUCUGAAAUUGAUAAACUACAGGAGAAGCUAGACAAGGCAUCGGUUGAAGUCCGUAAGCUCCAAGUAGACCGAGAGAAGCAAGCUUACGACUUUGAGUCCAUACAGUCACAACUCGAUAAGGCUUUGGGUCAGGCCGCGCGAUUGCAAAAGGAAAGAGACACCGCCCAACUGGAUGCUGACAGAUUCCACGACAAGCAUGAAAAAGCGCAGGCACUAGUGGCCCGUAUACAAAAAGAAAGAGAUGCAGCAUUAGCAGAAGCAGCCAGCUGUCGUGAAAGAGCUGAGGCAGCAGCAGCAGCCGCUAACAGGGCCGCUAGAGAUCGCGACAGCGCUGCGACGGAAUUAGAUGUUUUGAGGGAACGAUGGGAGAAGGCACAUCAGCAACAUCAAAAACUAACGAUGGAACGAGACGAUGCCCUCACAGAACUUGAAAUUCUGAAGGAAAAACUUGACAAAGCUUUAUACUCCACACAAAAAACUAUAGAAGAGAAAGAGACUGCGCACAAAGAAUAUGAAAAAAUGCUUGAAAAGUAUGACAGGUCUCAAAAUGAAAUUUACAGAUUGCAGAACAAGAUAGACAUUCUAGAGGCUGAUAAAGAUCGUCUUGAACUUGAAUUGGAAAAACAAGUGCAUUUAGCAACAAAGUCAAGGGAGGAACAAAGAAAAUUACAAGAUGAAUUAGCUAGAGUACAGGAGAUGUAUGACAGAGCCUCUUUGCAACUUGGAAGGACUAAAGAAUUAGAAGAAAAGGCUAAAGAAGAUAUGGACAGAAUGAGUGUCGAUAUUGAGAUGGUACGGGAACGAUAUGAAAAGGGUCAAAUUGAAUUACGCAGACUUCAAGCAGAAAAAGAAAAGUUAAUAGCGGAUAAUGAAAGACUUCAAUUUGAAUACGAUCGUGCAAUGACACAAUGUGGUAAAGCACAAGCAUCAAAUGAAAAAACUCAAGAAGAAAUGGCAAGAGUGCAAAUAGAACUAGAAAAGAUGUACGAUAAACACGAUAAAGUGUCUGCAGAGUUGAGAAGGGUACAGGCUGAAUUGGACAAAGUAAAACAAGACGCUAGUGGAGCAAGGGAGGAAGCGGAAAGAUAUGCAUCUCGCUACGGCAAGUACCACGACAGCAAAGAAGAGCAUGAAAGAACAAAGUUGGAGGUGGAACGUCUGCGCACGCGGUUAGAGAAGACCACACUAGAGUUGGAGCGGGCACGCAAAGCUGAGGAAGAGGUGACCCGUCUGCGAUCGGAGCUUGAACGCGUCGAAGGCCUCCGAGGUAAAUACCAAUUUGAACAGGAUAAAUGGAGUAAUGAAAUAAAUCGAAUGCAGGCUGAAUUGGACAAGCACCGUGAACGGUACGAGGCAUCGCAAGCAGAAAUACAACGACUUCAAGCCGAAAAGGAGCAAGCAGAGACAAAGUUACACGAAUCUAAUAUACAAUUAGAACUCUCUAAGAGUGAGGUAGCAAAACUUAGCGCGGCAUUAGAAAAGCAAAGAUUGGAUCUCGAGCGUGCUCAUAUUGAGUGCGAGAAAUUUAGAGACCGUUGCGAAAAAUUAAAACUGCGUUCAGAUCAAUUAGACAAAGAUAACGAGAGGCUUAAAGGUGAAUUACAACAAAUUGAAAGGAUGAAAUUACAAGCAGUUGCUGGGGACAAGGCAAGGACAGAAGAUAGACUUGAAAUUGAACGGCUAAGAGAUAAAUUAGAAAAAGCCAUUCAAGCAAGAGAUGCCACAGAGAUGGAGGCUGGUCGCCUAGCAAAGGAACUUGAAAAAUCUCAGAUGCAUCUUGCGAAAUAUCAGGAAACAAAUGAAACGACACGUGUUGAAUAUGAUAGAAUGACUAAUGAAUUAGGUCGAAUGCAUGAGAGGCUAGAGCGUACUAUUCUAGAAAUGCGACAGAUUGAACAAGAGAGAGAUGCACUUAGAAUGGAGAUACAAAACACGAGGCGUAAUAUAGAACAACAGCAGAGAACUUUGGACCACCGAACGCAAGAAACUUUAGUAAAACUUCAGCAAGAGCUAGCGCAAUCUGUGAGAGACCGAGAAAAGAUGGCAUCCAUACUAGAGCAAAGAGACAAGCAAGCAGAUGCAAUAGAAAAACAAAUAGUGAAGCUAGAAGCGGAUACGAAGCAACUGACCAUCGAACGAGAUCAAUUGGUGGCGCAGCUAGAAAAAUCUCAAGAUAUGCUAGUAAAUUUCCAACGAGAGCUUAAUGCAUCAGAAACUGAACUGCAAAAGCAGCGUGAAGAAGUUCGCAGAUUGAAGGAAGAACAGAGAAAGGUUGUUCAGGAUUCAGAACGUGGUACGAAAACCGUCCUUGAGAGUCGCGAUAGAGAAAUCGCCAAACUGCAACAACAAAUGCAAGCAGUUACCAAAGAAAAGGAGUCAUUCAGGCAAAGAGCUGAAAAAGCUGAAAAAGAAGCACAGAAAGUGGGCGAGAUUGAAAAGUGGCGAGCAGCAGUCGAAGCUGAAAAGUCUAAAGCAAUCGCAGCGGAGAAGGCAUACUCGGAAUGCCACCAGCGGUUACAGUCUUUGGAGAAACAGUUCCAGGCGCAACAACAACAACUGCAACAGCUUCAAGCGCGGGGACCAUCAGACGUGCGCGAAGUUCAGAAGCAGCUUGAAACGGCGCAAGCAGAGGCGCGCUCACUUGCUGUGGAGAGGGAGCGAUGCCAGUCACAGCUGGAGAUGCUUGUUCAAGAAUUGGAGAAGAGCCAGCUCGAUCUCCGCGAAGCGAACAAGAAAUUACAAACGGUUGGCGCUCAGAACGCCAAAGCUGGGGAAGAUUCAGCGCAAGCUAGAAAGCAACUCCAAGAAGAAAUGAAGAAGUUAGAAGAUAUGAAGAAACAGUUUGACGAACAAAGAAGAGCAUUUGAGAAUAAGAGGAAAGACGUGGAAGAGAAGGAGAAGUCGCUAACGGAAUUAGAUCGACAGUUGAAGAAGAGAAAAGAACAAAUGGACCAAAUGGAAGCAUCUUUGAGGAAGGCGGGCGGAAGCGCAGCUGCAGUGACAGAAAUAAACCGCAAGUUGACUGAUACGCAAAAGGAAGCGGAUCAACUGAAACAACAACUAAAACAGAGUGAGGAAGAAUCAAAACGCCUGACUGCAGAAACCGAGAGGCUUCUACAGCUGGUACAAAUGUCGCAAGAAGAACAAGCACAGAAGGAGAAGCAAAUAAUGGAUCUGCAACAAUCAAUAAGAAACCUUCAAGCCAAAUUAAAAAGUCAGCAGCAAGCACAAGCACAAAAAGAUGAGGAUCUAUUACGAUCGAAACAAAGUGAGCAGGCAGCUUAUUUUAAAUUGACAAAUGCUAUGAAAGAAAGAGACAACUUAAAAUCUAAAUUAGAAGAGAGCAGACUGAAGAUAAUUGAUUUGGAAAUAGAAUUAAAUGAAUCAUCUCUUAUAUUGUCCGAAGUACUGAAAAUAUCAGACGGGCAAAUGUGCAAUAUUAAGAAAAGCAGAAGUUUCUUUGAGUUGCAGAAAAGUGGUAAGGUAGUGGAUAGGAUUGACAAAUGUAAAUUUAGUCAGAGUGCAAAUGAUUUAAAUAUUGUACAUAGGAUAGAACGAAAAGCAUCACCACCAAGUGUGCAUAAAUUGACGCGAAAAAUUUCAGAGUUAUCUAGAGAAAUGGGAAUAAAGAAUUCAAAAAUUAUUGAACAGCAAAGAUGCAUUUCUAUUUUAGAAGAAGCUUUAAGGGAAAACAAUAACAUCGCUGAAUUUGAACAACUUCUAGCAGUUGUGCGAAGCAAAGAUGAAAGAAUUAAUGAAUUAGAAAGAAUGGUUGGUAAAAAAGCUAUCUCAGUUUCCUCAGAUUACAAGGACAGUAGAAUAUUAGAGUUAGAAGAUGCACUAAAAGAAUCUUUUAUGAUAGCGGCAGAGAGAGAAAAAGUAUUUUACGAAGAGGAACAAAGAAGAAUUGAAACAUUACACAUGAUGAAGAAAAUGGAGCAACGUAUAAAAUCACUGCAAAAUGCCUCCGCACUUAAUUGCGAAACAUGCUCAUUGGUGCUAAAGCGCUUAAAGCAUUUAGAAAAUGCUCUACAGUGUUGCCGGACUAAAAAGGAAGCAAUACUACGGCAUUCAUCACGUGUGAUUCAAGACAUAUUAGAAGGUGCGAUAAGCGAGAAGGAUUCCAAGAUAGCAGAGCUCGAGAUGAAGGGGGUUUUGAACGAGAACGAGACAAAAGCUUGCGACGCACUGAAGAGCGAGCGAGAUAGAUUGCUGCAUAAGCUUAAGAUUGAGAACGAGUGGAUAAUCGACUCUCAGCGGGAAACGCCAGAAACGCCUACGCAACAAGAUGGCGUGUCGCUACCAGUAGAUCUCACACUGGCCGACGGCCUCAUUGCUGUCUGCGAAGACAAUGCAAUUGUCUGGGAGGAGGACAUCCCAGCUACAGUGCUCUGA